UCCACCUGUCAACCGAAAGUAACCCUAAAUUUACAGGUGCAACUAGGAUAAACAAAAUUAGAGAUUUAUUGGAAUGUAUUUGAUGAUAAGAAAACACAUAAAUGCAAUAGGAUGGCACCGAAUAUUAGCAGCAUUUUUAGCAGUUUGGCUGAUAAUUUUCAUAAUAACAGCGUUUCCAAUGUUAGGAACUCAUAUGCAAUCAACAGAUACAAAAACUGCUGAAAGAUUAGCUAGAGCUUUAGAUGAUUUAGAUGCUUUGAGAAAACAGAAUAAAGAAUUAGAGGAGAUUUUCAGGGAUAUUAAACUGGACAAUUCAUUCAAGGGUGACCAAAAACAGGCAAUAGAAAACUUUCAGUUACGGCUCACCAAAGCUGAACAUUCAUAUGGGCAGAACCAAGGUGCUCUCUUUAUAAGUCCUAAGGAAGAACCAAAUAGUCAAUAUGAAUUACUUCGCAGAAGGAUAUCGAGCAAUACCAAAGAAUUUUGGUAUUUUGUACACUCUGGGUUAUUAGAUUUACAGAAAAAAACUAAUGGAUUGUCUUCAGAUGUAAAAAAUACUAUAAACCACCUUUUAUCAUUAGGCUUAGAACAUAAAAGAUCAUUGCUUCAUGAUAUAGAAAAAAUACAAGAGGUUGAUGGAUAUGCAGCUUGGAGGGAAAAAGAAGCGAAGAAUUUGAGCGAUUUGGUGCAACAGAGGUUUGAAUACCUGCAGAAUCCUCCAGACUGUGGGAAUGCAAAGAAGUUAGUCUGUAGUUUAAAUAAGGGAUGUGGUUAUGGAUGUCAGCUGCACCAUGUAGUUUACUGCUUUAUGGUUGCAUAUGGUACCAAAAGAACACUUAUUUUGAAGUCUAAAGGAUGGAGAUAUCAUAAGCCUGGUUGGGAAGAUAUUUUUCAACCUAUUUCUAAAAAUUGUUUAGAUCCUAGUGGGGAGUCUACUAGUAAUUGGCCAGGCAAUGCACAGACUCAAGUGGUCAACCUACCUAUUAUUGAUUCAUUAACACCGAGACCACCAUUUUUACCUCUCACGAUACCAGAAGAUUUAUCUCCAAGGUUAAUGAGGCUGCAUGGGGAUCCAGUUGUAUGGUGGGUGGGACAAAUUCUCAAAUACCUACUGAAGCCACAAAAGAAAACAGCUUCUAUCAUCCAAGAAGCUAUGAACAAUGUCGGAUUCAAGCAUCCCAUUGUUGGCGUUCACAUCAGGAGAACAGACAAAGUUGGUACAGAAGCAGCUCUGCAUAGGGUGGAUGAAUAUAUGAUGUGGGUGGAUGAAUAUUAUAACCAGUUGGAACUCAAACAGAAAGUUGACAAAAGAAGGGUCUAUCUGGCAUCAGACGAGCCUAAAGUGAUAAAAGAAGCACAAAAUAAAUAUCCGAGUUAUGAAAUCAUCGGAGAUUCUUCAAUCGCCAAGACAGCCGCUUUGUCAACGCGUUAUUCCGAUUCAUCAUUGAUUGGUAUAAUUUUAGACAUCCACAUGCUGUCCAUGAGUGAUUAUCUUGUCUGCACAUUCUCUUCCCAGGUUUGCAGAGUAGCUUACGAAAUAAUGCAGACAUACUACCCUGAUGCCUACGACAGAUUCAAGUCGUUAGACGAUAUUUAUUACUACGGAGGACAAAAUGCUCAUAAUGUAAUAGCGGUUCUUCCACAUAAACCGCUCAAGAAUGGUGAAAUGACGAUGUCAGAAGGUGAUAUUAUCGGCGUUGCGGGAAAUCAUUGGAACGGUUUCAGUAAAGGUCAUAAUUUAAGGACCAAUCAAAUUGCUCUCUAUCCAAGUUUCAAGGUUAAGAAUAAAGUUGAGACAGCCAAAUUUCCGACCUACUCAGAGAUGAAUCAAAACUAGAACAAAUAAAACAUUUAUUGGCCUACUUUCUAGAAAAGUCAAUGUUAUGAACUGAUAAAAUGAGAAUAUACUGCCAAAUGAAAUGUUGAUGCGAGAAUUUUAAUUUUGGUGUACAGUUAAUCUCUCAACUGGACAAUAAUAAUUUAUAUUUAUGCCACAGGAAUAUCCAGAGGAUAUUUUGUGAUUAUCCAGGAAAAAGAAUAAGUGAACGGAAAAAUGUAUUAUAUGAAUUGGUUUGUGUUAUGUGAAUGAAAUCUGUUGAUUUUGUGUGAACAAUUCUAUUUUUUCUGACUAAAGAAUAUGUUAUAUGUAGAUGUGCUUCCAUCAGUAGAACUGCCUGUGAAUCUCUGUUUUCUUCUUUUUCAUUAUCAUUUUUUUUUACAUUAAAAUUCUACAAAUCUCCUAUGAGUUGUUUCCGUAGAUAUAAGACUUGAACUAAAAACAGAUCAUAUAAUUUUCACAAAUAUGAGUUUUUAAACCACGACACGUGUUUUGCUGCCACAAUAGCAUCUUCAGGUGGAUGAAGGUAAAAUUCGAUGCUAUUGUGGUAGCUGGUAGCGAAACAUGUGUCGUGGUGUAAAAACUCAGAUUUGUGAAAAUUUAAUAAUCUGUUCAAUUAUGGAUUUUCUUCAAGUAUCGGCUACAUCAAUUCAAUAUUUGAUAUAAGACAAAUUUUGAACAGUUAUCCAUUUGACAUUUUCUUCUGAUAUGAACAAUUGAUUUCAAAUUUACCUCAUAUGUUUGUGAAUUUGUAGAUAUCUAUUUCAUUCGUUUCAUCUGUAAAAUUUACAAUACUUAGCUGUGAAAACUUCAAACCAUAUUUAACCACUACCGAUAUCCUGAGUUUCCUCAUUAACUAAGGUUAACUGCUCAAAUUAUAUUUCUCGAUUCAUCUUCAGUUAUGAAUGGAAUUAAAAUAUGAAUGAAAAUGUGCAAUACAAUAAUUUAUUGAGAGCUUCUAUAAUUUUAUCUAGUUCCGUAGUUGUGAACAGUAAAAAAAUAAGCUGCAAUUUUCAAAACGAAUCUGCACCAAUACUGAAUGAUAAAACUUAUGAAGGGACAAAGUAAAAAUGAAAUUUCCCUCUAUGGCUGUUAUUCCUCGUCAAGAAUUGGACAUUCUUGCUAAUGUAUGUUUUUAAAGAACUAAUGUGUUUAAAUUAACGACUCCACUUGUACCUAUACUAUUAUUAGAAAUUAGAAAUAUUGUUUAUUAACAAAAAUGUUGUGUAUUUAUGUAAUUUUAUUUGAGAGGAAUAUAUUUCUAUAAAGUGUA